AUGGUGCGAACGUACAAGCCAAAGACCGAUAGACGUAGUACAGAUGAGGAAAGGAUCAAGAACGCCAUAUCCGAAGUUACUUUAAGGGUUUUUAAUGAAAAACAUCUAAGAAAGGAAGAGAAAAUGGAAGAAAAAAUCUGUUCUGCUUUGAAGCCGUUAUCAGAUUCUGAUUCUAGUGUGAAUGAGUUGCUGAAAUUAAGUGAUGAAAAUGAUGAUAAAGAGUCAGACGAAGAAAAUAGAAAAGAGUUUGACGUUCUUAUCCGGAAAAUAUAA